AUGAAAAGCCAACUGACAUUUACUCUCAUUCCAAGAGGCUUAAUCCACAAGAAGCUCCAGCCCCAGUCCCCAAACGACCACCAGCUCCAGUCCCCACACUACCACCAGCCCCAGUCCCCUCACAACAACCAGCUCCAGUCCCCACACUACCACCAGCCCCAGUCCCCUCACAACAACCAGCUCGUCCCCACACUACCACCAUCCCCACUCCAGUCCCCUCACUACCACCAGCUCCAGUCCCCUCACUACAACCAGCCCCAGUCCCCACACUACCACCAGCUCCAGUCCCCACACUACAACCAGCACCAGUCCCCACACUACAACCAGCUCCAGUCCCCACACUACAACCAGCUCCAGUCCCCACACUACCACCAGCUCCAGUCCCCUCACUACAACCAGCCCCAGUCCCCACACUACCACCAGCUCCAGUCCCCACACUACAACCAGCCCCAGUCCCCACACUACAACCAGCCCCAGUCCCCACACUACAACCAGCCCCAGUCCCCUCACAACAACCAGCUCCAGUCCCCACACUACCACCAGCUCCAGUCCCCUCACUACAACCAGCUCCAGUCCCCACACUACCACCAGCUCCAGUCCCCUCACUACAACCAGCCCCAGUCCCCUCACAACAACCAGCUCCAGUCCCCUCACUACCACCAGAACCAGUCCCCACACUACAACCAGCCCCAGUCCCCACAUUACCACCAGCCCCAGUCCCCUCACAACAACCAGCUCCAGUCCCCACACUACAACCAGCCCCAGUCCCCUCACUACCACCAGAACCAGUCCCCACACUACAACCAGCCCCAGUCCCCACACUACCACCAGCCCCAGUCCCCACACUACCACCAGCUCCAGUCCCCUCACUACAACCAGCUCCAGUCCCCACACUACAACCAGCUCCAGUCCCCACACUACCACCAGCUCCAGUCCCCUCACUACAACCAGCCCCAGUCCCCACACUACCACCAGCUCCAGUCCCCACACUACCACCAGCUCCAGUCCCCACACUACCACCAGCCCCAGUCCCCACACUACAACCAGCCCCAGUCCCCACACUACAACCAGCCCCAGUCCCCUCACAACAACCAGCUCCAGUCCCCACACUACCACCAGCUCCAGUCCCCUCACUACAACCAGCUCCAGUCCCCACACUACCACCAGCUCCAGUCCCCUCACUACAACCAGCCCCAGUCCCCUCACAACAACCAGCUCCAGUCCCCUCACUACCACCAGAACCAGUCCCCACACUACAACCAGCCCCAGUCCCCACAUUACCACCAGCCCCAGUCCCCUCACAACAACCAGCUCCAGUCCCCACACUACAACCAGCCCCAGUCCCCUCACUACCACCAGAACCAGUCCCCACACUACAACCAGCCCCAGUCCCCACACUACAACCAGCCCCAGUCCCCACACUACCACCAGCCCCAGUCCCCUCACUACAACCAGCCCCAGUCCCCACACUACCACCAGCCCCAGUCCCCUCACAACAACCAGCUCCAGUCCCCACACUACCACCAGCCCCAGUCCCCACACUACCACCAGCCCCAGUCCCCACACUACAACCAGCUCCAGUCCCCACACUACCACCAGCUCCAGUCCCCUCACUACAACCAGCCCCAGUCCCCUCACUACCACCAGCUCCAGUCCCCUCACUACCACCAGUUCCAGCCCCAGUCCCCACACUACCACCAGUUCCAGUCCCCACACUACCACUGCACUGCUGCACAUGUGUCAUUACUGAGUUGGUGGCAAUAUCAUUAG